GGUUUGUCAUUUUUGGCAGGAGUGUGUUUGUGUCUGGGCGGAGAACGGGGUUUCAUGGAAAAGUGAUUAACUCUUCAGAGACGUUCCAUGAGCAAUGGCCAAGCGGAUGUCAGGUGUGUCGCUAAUGAGCUCUCUCUCCUCCCCUCUUAACAAUGAGAGACAAGCCAGCCGGGUGCCUGGACGGACUGAGAGCUGAGGAGUGAGAAACUUGAUGAUAAGUUGCCGAUGGCUACCAGCCAAGGCCGGAGGGUCGUUUUGCAGUUGUGUUGCGCACGCCGCACGUUCGGGGUCCUUUAAAGACCUGGAUUGAUUGGAAGGACAAAAAUUAAAAGCAAUCGGAUCCAGCCUCAUGCCAGAUCCCCGCGGAUUUGCUCCUUAUCCCAUUUCCAUCCACUGUCACAAUUUGAGAGCCUGCCCGAUUUGAUCAGAUUCACCUCCAGGAGAGGUGUGAUGCCAAGGUUAGGAGGACGCCAAGUUAUGGGCAACUUUUUGAUCUGCCCAUCAGCAGUCUGAGAAACGCUGGCUCUGGGUUUUCCGCAUCGGCCUUCAGGAAGACGCGAGCGCCUCCCUCUGCGACCCGGCAGUCGGUGCCCCGGCUCCGGGGACGUCCAGCCGCCACUGCCCGGCAGAUGUGGCCCGUCCAUGCCUAGGCCGAGAGUCCCGCCCGCCCAGCCGCCGCCUCUCCAGGGCCUCUCCAGCCAUGCUGCCCCUGCUGGCUCUGCUCCUGCACUGCCUCCCGCUGGCCUCUGGCGACUACGACAUCUGCAAAUCCUGGGUGACCACGGACGAGGGCCCCACCUGGGAGUUCUACGCCUGCCAGCCCAAGGCGAUGCGGCUGAAGGACUACGUCAAGGUGAAGGUGGAGCCCUCGGGCAUCACGUGUGGGGACCCCCCUGAGAGAUUCUGCUCCCACGAGAACCCCUACCUGUGCAGCAAUGAGUGCGACGCGUCCAACCCGGACCUGGCCCACCCGCCGCGGCUCAUGUUCGACAAGGAGGACGAGGGCCUGGCCACCUACUGGCAGAGCGUCACCUGGAGCCGCUACCCGAGCCCCCUGGAGGCCAACAUCACCCUGUCGUGGAACAAGAGCGUGGAGCUGACGGACGACCUGGUGGUGACCUUCGAGUACGGCCGGCCCACGGUCAUGGUCCUCGAGAAGUCCCUGGACAACGGGCGCACGUGGCAGCCCUACCAGUUCUACGCGGAGGACUGUGUGGAGGCCUUCGGCAUGGCCGCCCGCCGGGCCCGCGACCUGCCCGCGUCGGGCGCCCACCGUGUGCUCUGCACCGAGGAGUACUCGCGCUGGGCGGGCUCCAAGAAGGAGAAGCAGGUGCGCUUCGAGGUGCGGGACCGCCUGGCCAUCUUCGCUGGCCCCGACAUGCGCAACAUGGGCAACCUCUACACGCGCCUGGAGAGCGCCAAGGGCCUCAAGGACUUCUUCACCCUCACGGACCUGCGCAUGCGGCUGCUGCGCCCGGCGCUGGGGGGCACCUACGUGCAGCGGGAGAACCUCUACAAGUACUUCUAUGCCAUCUCCAACAUCGAGGUCAUUGGCAGGUGCAAGUGCAACCUCCACGCCAGCCUGUGCUCCGUGCGCGAGGGCAGCCUGCAGUGUGAGUGUGAGCACAACACCACGGGCCCCGACUGCGGCAAGUGCAAGAGGAACUUCCGCACACGGUCCUGGCGUGCCGGCUCCUACCUGCCGCUGCCCCACGGCUCUCCCAACGCCUGUGCCGCCGCAGGCUCGGCCGUUGGUAGCGUCGGCAGGCUCCGGAAAGACCCCAUCCCCAAAGCCCCUGUGGCCACCGUGGCCAUGAGAGGGGCUCCCAGCACUCCUGCCCCCUCCACAUCCCCUGCGCGGGCCCCCACGGCCCCCAGCACCCCCCAGCCCACAGAGCGGAUCAGGCCAUCUACAGCCGCCCCCCUGGGGGAGAGCCCCCCCUGGUCCCAGACGCCCUCCAGUGCAGAAGUUGUGGGCACCUUUGCUGCUGCCCCUGCCCCUGCCUCCAGACCUUUCCAGCUCAAUCCCAAAACUGGUGAAGUGGUGCCCAUUGAAGAAUUCCAAGACUGUGAGUGCUACGGCCACUCCAACCGCUGCAGCUACAUCGACUUCCUGAACGUGGUGACGUGUGUCAGCUGCAAACACAACACGCGGGGCCAGCACUGCCAGCACUGCCGCCUGGGCUACUACCGCAACGGCUCCGCCGAGCUGGACGACGAGAACGUGUGCAUCGAGUGUAACUGCAACCAGAUCGGCUCCGUGCACGACCGGUGCAACGAGACCGGCUUCUGCGAGUGCCGCGAGGGCGCAGCGGGACCCAAGUGCGACGACUGCCUCCCGACGCACUAUUGGCGCCAAGGCUGCUACCCCAACGUGUGCGACGACGACCAGCUGCUCUGCCAGAACGGCGGCACCUGCCUGCAGAACCAGCGCUGCGCCUGCCCGCGCGGCUACACCGGCGUGCGCUGCGAGCAGCCCCGCUGCGACCCCGCGGCCGACGACGGCGGCCUGGACUGCGACCGCGCGCCCGGGACCGCCCCGCGCCCCCCUUCUUCCCUCCCAGAACCUGUGGGACCUGCGCUCCGGGGCGACGGCACGCCAGGUCCUCCCAGGGACUCGCCGCUGCCUGGCCCACGGCCUCCUCCCACACACGGGGCCGGCCAGGCCCCCGGAGUCCCCGUGGCUGCGUUCCGGGUGGCACAGGAGCCCUUGCUGUGUCGCGAGAGCGGCCAGAGGCCCGCAGACCAGAGGAAGCACGAAGCACCUGCCGCAGCCGAGCCCCGGAUGCUUCUGAGCUGGUCCUGUUCUCUUCCCCGGGGCUUCCGGAUUUUACCUCUGCUACCCCCCAAGCCCUCGGCCUCCUCUGCCUCCCCGGCCAGAAAGCCUGUGUUCCUGCGCGCAGCCCAACACGACGCCCGGCUCAUCCCGUUGAUACUGGCCCAGCCCAAGGCCCUCUUUCCUGUGUACCGCUCGCUCUGUGUCCCCCAAGUGGGGGCCGUGGCGGAGCCCCUCGAGGAGAGGUGGCAGCACUGUGUGCCCCGGCGGUGCAGGCCGGGCUCGGAUGACUUGACUGCACAGCACCAAGCGGGGCUGGAGGGGCCCCAAGAGCACGUGGGGCACAGCUUCUCCAAUGGAAGCCGGACCCGGUCACCCCCCACGCUCCGGUGCCGUCGACUCUGGGCGGACGUAGCAGGGCCGCCUGCCUCCGCCACGUCUGUGUCUCGGGAGCUCUCCAGGCAGGAGAGAGCUCGGGCCGCACCUGCCUCAGUGUCGCUGCCACGGCCGCCCGUGGGCCCCACGGUGUGCUGGGAAGUGAGCGUCCUCACGGGAGUUCGUCAGAUCCGGGCAGCGUCGUAA